AUGAGCAAAAGCAGUGAUGUCGACGAUUUUGAAGACGCGCCAGUGGAGAUCCUACCUCAAGAGAUUCGUCUCGCCGAAGACGCAGAUGAUACGCUGCCAAAUACGUUGGUGAUCACCGUGUUGCAAGCUCGUCACCUGCAGCCUUCUGCAUUUCGAGACACUCUCAGCUGCUACGUCAAGUUGUCUUCGCUGGGUGUCGAGUACAAGACCAGCGUCAUGACCAAGACUCGAGAACCUCGAUGGCACGAAGUCUUCGCUUUCCGAGCUGUGGACUGGACCACAGGUGUUACGGUGUCUGUACGCGACCGACUGCCAAUUAAUAUGCACUUUAUCGGUCAGGUCGUGAUCUCCUCGGCCGAGAUCGCUAGUCUGCCGGGGAUGACAACGCAGCGCUGGUUCCAGUUACGAGACAAGGGCGUUGCGGGGCAAUUGACGGGGGCAGAACUGGAACUUAAGGUGGCGUUGGUGUACACGAAAGCUAACGACCAAGAGCUGUUCCAAGCAGGGUCAGCUGCUGCGGAGUUGGAGCAUGGGGCGGUGGACGCGGGACUUGCGGAUCUGCUUGUAGGACAGGAGGACGAGACGGAAGAAGAAGCUGAUGCUCGGACGAGGGCUCUUGUGCGACGAGAAGAGCAGGAGCGAGAGGCUGCAGCUGUCAUUGCGUCGUUGAAACAAGGGGAUUACCAAGUGCAAGUGCAUGUCAUCGAAGCGAGGGAUCUCAAAGGAGAGAAUUUGAGCGGGACUUCGGAUCCGUACUGCCAAGUGGACAUCAUGGGUGUGUCGAAGAAGACGUCAACAAAAUACGACACGCUCGGCUGUGUGUUUGAUGAAGUUCUGUUCUUUAAUUUCACGAAUAUUGGUCGUCACGAGCUACGAGAAGCGUCGAUUAAGAUCUCUGUUUACGACAAGGAAAGAGUGCUCCGAGACAACUUAAUUGGCAUCUACCAGCUCGACUGUCUCUCUGUAUACACCCAACCUCAUCAUGAACUGUAUCGUCAAUGGAUCGCUGUUCAUGACAAUUUGAGCGCGAAAGAUCGAGGAAUCCAGGGAUUUCUCUUGGUUAGUGUGGUGCUUCUGGGGCCUGGUGAUGCACUGCGAGUACAUGACCGUGAAGCCGAAGUCGAGCAGGAGCUUGCCGAGACAACCGGUGAAAAACUACCAGAAGAUAGGGACCAACCGACGACGAUCACUCCACUUGUUCUGGUUCCUCCUGCUAUCGAGCUCAAGCUGCAGUUUCUUGUUGUAAGAGUGCUACGAGCUGAGCACCUACCUGCCAUGGAUACGGGAGGGCUGUUGAUUGGAGCUCAGGGCAUCGACGCGUUCGUAAAAGUUGUAUUUGCGGCCAACGCGCCGUGUAAGACCUCGGUUGUGACCGUCAAAGGACGUGGGAACCUGGCCCCCGAUUUCUACGAGGAGCUCUGGCUGCCUGUACGAAUCCCUACGUUCUCAAGACACAUUGGCAUCUCGAUAUGGGAUCGAGACCUCACAUCUCCAAACGAACUGGUUGGAGUGGCUUCACAAGAUUUCUUACAAAAGAUGGAACUUGAGGAAGAACAGCAACGACUUCAAGCGGCUGCACCUCGUUGGUACAAUCUCUAUGGCCCUCCAUUGCGAGGGACAAAUCCAAAGCGCAAGCAGCUAGUUUCUCGGCAUGCCGAGCUUGGCUCGACGUAUCGUGGUCGCGUUCUAUUAUCCACAGUUCGCGUGGAGUCUCCUAGACCAGAAGAUGGCGAGAAAAUGCACACUAAACCAAUGUCUGCAGAAGAGCGUGAACGGUUGGAGCGUAGCAUACCCAAGACAGUCAAGUACACGCUUCGAGGAGCUUUGUACUGUGGCGUCGAGCUGCCGAGAAGCUCAUCAAGUGCAUUGAUGGGAGGCGCUUCCCACGUUCGUGUGACGCUUUCACUAGGUCCUUACACCAACACGUUUGAAAGCCAAGAGGUUGCGAAGGACGGAACUGCCACGUUCGAGCAGUGUGCGGAGCAUGGAUCUGCGCUGGAAUUACCGGCCGAUCUGACCCAAAUUCCAGACAUUAUCGUCACUCUAAGUCGCUCUGUGGGGGUUGCAAGUCGGAAGGAGGAGUUCGUGAGUGUAAGCUUUGCACGCAUCCGCGCUGAGAAGUUAUUUGCAAGUGGCUUUACAGGGAAAUGUCAGUGGGUUGUUCUACGAGAAGAGAUCGCUCGUCGCCAAACAAGACACGCGCUUGAGCGGACACAGAAUCCAGGAGUUCUUUUGCUUCGUUUAGGCUUUGGUCGAGUGGAAAUGGCUACGAAACAUCCUUGGGCUACCGACGGUGACAGUACCGAGUUUUUCGCUCCGUUUCGAUUCCCCCGAGUGCAUCGGGAGAUUUGCGUGCACAUUUUCCAGGCUCGUGGGCUCGAGUCCCCGGCUCAUGUGGCACGUGUGCCUAGUCCUGGAGUAAUUGUUCGCUGUUGUGGCCAGCAGAAACGAACAAAAGCGUGUCAAAACACUCCAGCCCCUCUUUUCUACGAGUCUCUAGUAUUCCUUGCGAGUGUUCCGGCUUCUGACGUGGUGUACACACCCGAGAUCGUCGUACAAGUACAAGACACGAAUGGAAAUGCAGCUGGGGUUCUGGGAGAAUUGCGGCUGUCUUUAGCUUCAGCUGUGCGAUCUGUAGCCACCGCUGGAUCGCCGAAACCGCGUUGGUAUGAGCUGAAAAAGCCUCGAAGUCGAUCCUCCACUUCUGUGAGUCUGUUACUGGCAGAACAAGCUGGAGGAUCCGCAGGUCAACUACUGGUUGCGAUCCAGUACAUCGACCACACGGGGUCAGAUCCGCCUGGAAUUCUUCGCUCGCCAGCCGCAAUCACACCGAAAUUUGUGGAAGCGAACCUGGAUAUUGUUGCGCUCGGUGUCCGACAUCUCAAGGCUCUCAACACUUUAGGAGUUCGACGACCUCACGUCGAGUUCGAACUCGUGGGAGGGUAUUUUGUUGAUGGUUCCAGUGUGAAGCGUACUCAGUCUGCGACGGGAUCUAGCAGCAAGAAUGCAAACUUCUUGGAUCGUAUCGUUGCGCAUGUGAAGCUUCCAGUUGACACGCUUUACGCCCCUCAACUGCAAAUCCGGGUGUGUGACACAACACUCGGAGGUCUACGUAAGACAACGUUGGCCUCCUGUAUCGUAGAUCUAGCGGACAAACUCCCAUGGAGUCCAACGUAUCGUGUCGAGAUUGCGGAGGGCUCUGGGUCUCCGUUCAGAAGUCAACCCGAAGAGGAGACGGAAUAUCCCUUGGAUGAUGGCACUGGCGUUGGGGAUCUCGUUCUUCCUUCGGUGUUACAAUCUCACGCACGAGUCAGUAGCAUUUACACACUGGAAGAUACCGAUCCCGCCUUGAUCGAACAACGCCGUCGAGAGGAAGAACGACGCUACAAUGCUAGUAAAGCAGCAUUACUACUCUCACAUCGACCAUCCAAUGACCGACGAGGAUCUGUUCUUGGCUCACCGAGGAGUAGCAGUCGUGACCAAGAGCAGCACCGCGCUCCUUAUCUUCCAGGUCGAGAUUGGUGGAUUUCCCAGUAUGGAGGUGAGGAGCUCGAGAAGUAUUUUUCCAGCCCAGCUCUUGAAACCUAUCAGCUCCACCGACCCGUACUGUCACGUCCAUCGCUGUUAAGUUUCGAGCGAGUAAAAGUGCAACUUCGAGCAGGAGUCUUUAAAGGACGAAUCACAGUCAUGGAACGGAGAGCUAAGAGCGAAUCUCGUUCACAAGAAGAAGAGCGAGCAAAGCAAGAACAUCUCGAGCUCCAACGACUUCAGGACGGACCUCAACGCGUCGUCGUUCGCGUUUACGUGCUUCGAGGACAGAACUUGCAGGCCAAGAACGCCAAUGGCUAUUCCGACCCAUAUCUCCGCUUAAAGCUGGGUAGUAACCGGAUCAACGAUCGCUCGAACGCUUGUAUCAACACGUUAAAGCCAGAGUUCUUCCGCAUGUUUGAAGUGGAGACGACUUUACCCGGAGCCUCUCAGCUUGACAUCAACGUUUGGGAUCGAGGUCUGGUCUCGGAUCAGCUGAUCGGGUCUACCACGAUUGAUCUGGAGGAACGUUGGUUCCAUCGUGAGUGGCAGGAGAUCGGAGCAGCGAACGCGUCGGAGAAGCGACUGAAGCCCAUAGAGUAUCGACAUCUGUACGUCCCACAGAAUCGCACCACAUCUCAAGGUUUCUUGCAGCUCUGGGUGGAUAUCCUGGCGACUCAAGAAGCCGCUCGCAUCGACCCUGUCGACAUCUCCCUGCCAGCUCCAAAGACAUUUGAGGUGCGUGUGGUUGUCUGGCGAGCGGAGAAUGUACAGGACCAAAGUCAAAGCGAGAUAAACGACUACUUCGUCAAAGCGUGGAUGGAAAGCUGGGGUGUUUCCGGUAGUAGUCGAGCCGAAAGCACCGACACGCAUUGGCGAUGCUCGAAUGGGAAACCGUGUUGGAAUUGGCGUUUAGUCAUGAAGACCGAGUUUCCUCCUCGGUCACCAGAGCUCGCGCGUCUUCAUGUUCAGCUAUGGGACAAGGACGUUCUCAAGUGGAACGAUGUGUUAGGAGAGGCCCAGUUGGAUCUGUACAAAUGGCUGCGUCGAGCGUACGAGACGAAUCGCUCGGUGGCUCCGUUUCUUGAGCUCAAACGUCUAGCACGACAGUCAAUUAUACCUGGAGAGAUACCCGACACCUCAAGAGAUGCCACGGAAGGUGGAAAUACCAGUGAAAGCUUUGAUAGCAGUGAAGACGAGAAAGAUGUUGCUGUCACGCUAUCACCUCGUGAAGACAAUGCCUUACUAGGUGAGAAGCCGAAGAAACAAUCUCGAAAACGUAUUCAGAAGCGUCGAGAACCGACGUUGGCGGAGCGUAAGCAGCAGAAAGAUGAGGCUGACGCGGAAGCUGCACUCAAUGGGUUGCUGGAUUUCAUGGGUCUUGGUCGCCUUCCAGACGAUGCCGAGUGGAUUCCAAUCUACUUUACGGACCGUGAAGCUGCGGUGUCUAUGGAGAUGGGGCGUAUUGGAAUCUCGGUGCUAAUUGUUCCAGAGGAGGAAGCCCUGGCGUCUCCAGUGGGGAAGGGUCAGAACGCCCCAAAUCUUAACCCGUAUCUGCCUCCACCUGUGGGACGGAUGCGGUUUACGGCUAACCCGAUUGCUAUGCUUAAGGUGCUGGUCGGACCGAGAAUGUGCAUCCGUCUGUCAGUCAUGUGCUGCUGUGUCGGGUGUAUGUUGUUCAUCUCAGUGUUCGGAGCGACAGUCAUGAGCACACUCACCUACCUUCAAGCUAUGGAAGCAAGGCAUUCGCAGGAUAAAACAGUAUAAUGAAACGGUAUACUGUGUG